GAUUUAGACUUAUGUUUCAACCAAAUUCAGCAGACUCAUUGUCAAGACACUACUAGCUCGCAGCAUCAUAACAGCUCUAGUUCACAAGAAAAACUCUCUACUCUACAACACAAUCAUGAGUUCAACGUGCCCAGACCCAACAUGAAAAACACAGCA